AUGGAAACGGUUACCCGCACAUUCAAAGAGCAGAUAGCAGAAGGAAUUCCAACCCGGCUGCCCGCCCCUAAGGCUUAUGACCCCGAUACCAACCACGCUCCUAAACGCAAAGACAUACUGAGCAAAGAGGAAAAGGUAUUGGCCCUGCAGAACGCUCUGCGCUAUUUUCCGCAGCCAUGGCACCAUGAACUGGCCGCAGAAUUUGCGCAGGAACUGAAGGAUUACGGGCGUAUUUAUAUGUACCGUUUUCGCCCGGAUUAUGAUAUCUACGCCCGCCCCAUUUCGGAAUACCCCGGAAAUUCAGAACAGGCCAAAGCCAUUAUGCUGAUGAUCCAAAACAACCUGGACCCGGCCGUGGCGCAACAUCCGCAUGAACUUAUUACCUACGGGGGCAAUGGAGCGGUAUUCCAGAACUGGGCACAGUACCGCAUUACCAUGCAGUACCUGGCGGAAAUGACCGAUGAGCAGAGCCUGCAUAUGUACAGCGGGCAUCCUAUGGGCUUAUUCCCUUCGCACAAAGACGCUCCCCGCGUGGUGGUCACCAACGGAAUGAUGAUCCCCAACUACUCCCAACCGGACGACUGGGAAAAAUACAAUGCCCUGGGUGUAACGCAAUACGGACAAAUGACGGCCGGAAGCUAUAUGUAUAUCGGUCCGCAGGGUAUUGUGCACGGCACCACCAUUACCGUAUUGAACGCCCUGCGUAAAGUGGGUAAGCAACCCCAUAGCGGGGCUCUCUUUGUUACAGCCGGACUGGGCGGUAUGAGCGGAGCACAGCCCAAGGCCGGGAACAUUGCUGGGUGCAUUUCUGUAACCGCAGAGGUAAACCCCAAAGCCUCCCGCAAACGCUAUGAGCAAGGCUGGGUGGAUGAGAUCACUGCCGACCUGAACGAACUGGUGGAGCGCGUGCGCCAGGCCCGAAAGAAUAAAGAAACGGUUUCCAUUGCCUAUGAGGGUAAUGUGGUGGAUGUAUGGGAGCGCUUUGAUGCCGAAGACAUUUACAUUGACCUGGGUUCCGACCAAACUUCCCUGCACAACCCCUGGGCGGGAGGCUAUUACCCGGCCGGUCUCAGCUACGAAGACGCCAACGUAAUGAUGGCGAAUGACCCGGACCGCUUUAAAGAACUGGUGCAGGAAACCCUGCGCAGGCAUGCCGAUGCCGUGAAUAAACACACCGCCAAAGGCACCUACUUCUUUGAUUAUGGCAACGCUUUCCUUUUGGAAGCCAGCCGUGCCGGAGCGGAUAUCAUGAACCCCGAACCCACCCUGGGCCGUGAGUUCAAAUACCCCAGCUACGUGCAGGACAUCAUGGGCCCCAUGUGUUUCGACUAUGGCUUCGGACCCUUCCGUUGGGUAUGUGCUUCCGGCAAGCCGGAGGACCUGGCCUAUACCGACCAGCUGGCUUCAGAAGUACUCUCCGAAAUGGCGGCCUCCGCACCGGAUGAGAUCCGCCAGCAGAUGGAAGACAACAUCCGCUGGAUUAAAGCAGCCGGAGAAAAUAAAAUGGUGGUGGGCUCCCAGGCCCGCAUCCUCUAUGCAGACUCAGAAGGGCGCAUUAAGAUAGCGCAGGCCUUUAACGAAGCCAUUAAAGCCGGAAAGAUCGGUGCCGUGGUAUUGGGCCGCGACCACCACGAUGUAAGUGGCACGGACUCCCCUUACCGCGAAACUUCUAACAUUUACGAUGGCUCCCGCUUUACGGCCGAUAUGGCCAUACAAAACGUGAUUGGCGACAGCUUCAGAGGCGCCACUUGGGUAAGCAUCCACAACGGUGGCGGUGUAGGCUGGGGCGAAGUGAUAAACGGGGGCUUCGGUAUGCUGCUGGACGGCAGUGAAGAUGCCAGCCGCAGGCUGCAAAGCAUGCUGCUCUACGAUGUAAACAACGGCAUUGCCCGCAGGAGCUGGGCCCGCAAUGAACCGGCCCUUUUUGCUAUUAAACGCGAAAUGGAACGUACACCGGGUUUGAAAGUAACACUGCCGGAGGUGGUGGAGGGGGAUUUGGGUGAUUUGGUUUGA